GCGCAAGCUCAGAUUUCCAAUAGCUAUAAUAUAACUGAUGAUGAUACCUUAGAUAUGUGUACAUGUUUCCCCGGGAGAGGAUAGCUACCUGGUAAUGUCUCGGGUUGUGUGUUUGGGGGAUCGACGUGUCUGAUUGCGAAUAGAUGAUAUACACUCCCUCCCGACUCCCCCAACUCAGAUGCUCCUACGGGGGCCACACUCCUGUGUAUGUUUCUGGUUCCUGUCGUUGUCAGUGCUCAUUGUUCGUAGGUACUACGAUUGCAGCUCUUGAGAUUAACCAGUUGCGUGGCCUGUCCAUCGGAUCUGCUACCAGGAGAUACUCAGGAGGUGCAUUACUUAAAACAGUAAUACAACCUUCGACCGAGCCAGGUUAUGCGGCGUGCUUGAGGAGCUGGAGUGUGAGCAAUGCACCAGGUUAAAACUGGACUAUGGCAAGCCCAGUCUAAUCUUAAAAGGUCCCGCCCGAAACCCGACUAGAGAUAUUCAAGCGUAUUUCCGUUGCGUCCAUACUUGCCACUAAAGCUGCAUUGCCAUUGAUGAAUGCCACCGUUCUUUCAGGCAAUCUUUGGAAGAAAGUACUGCAAGCUGAUAUGCCUUGGCUCUGAGAGCUCCAGGAUACUGGCACGUUUCACUCUAGGGAGUCGGUGUCUCGACUCUCCCUGACGCUCCUGGAUCUUUUCAAAAGUCUCAGUAUAAGGAAGGGACAUGGACAUAUAUUCCCGGGCUUGUCAACCGGAAGAGGAUCUGGGAUGUUUGCAAGCAGAUCAGAGAAUAUUAUGCAGGAGAGG